UUUUCCCCAGCUCUCGAGGAACGCGUCUUGCUUUCAAAGCAAAUUCUUCCUCCCCACCACCGCUACCUUCUGCUGCCACUUCGACUUCAUCUUCCUCUUCCUCUUCCAUUCUACAUUCUCCAUCCUCAUUCCUCAAUUUCCGUCUCAUCCCCCCUUUCUAUAUCCGUUUCAUAUCUAUCUUCCUUGCCGUUUGCCAUUUUGUAGAAGAGCUUUACCAACAACGUGGAAACAAUUUAGCAGAGGGGGAACUUCAAGAUGUUUGUUUACAAGAGAGAUGGACGCAAGGAGCGUGUGCAGUUCGACAAGAUCACAGCUCGUGUAUCCAGACUCUGCUAUGGCCUGGAUCCAGAGCAUGUCGAUGCUGCAGCUAUCACCCAGAAGGUCAUUUCCGGUGUUUACCAAGGUGUGACCACUGUGGAGCUGGACAACUUGGCAGCUGAAACUGCGGCGUAUAUGACCGUCACCCAUCCCGACUAUGCCAUCCUAGCUGCCCGGAUAGCUGUAUCCAACCUCCAUAAGCAAACGAAGAAACAGUUUUCUUCAGUGAUAGAUGACCUGUACCAUUACCACAACCCGAAAAACCAACGGCCUGCCCCGAUGAUAUCGCAGGGCACGUACGAAACAGUGAUGCGUCAUGCAGAUGAAUUUAACUCCGCCAUUGUCUAUGAUCGUGAUUUCAACUACCAAUACUUCGGAUUUAAGACUCUGGAGCGGUCUUAUCUACUUCGAAUCAAUGGCAAAGUUGCUGAACGACCACAACACAUGAUCAUGCGUGUUGCUGUCGGAAUUCACGGUGAUGAUGUAGAAAAAGUCAUCGAGACCUAUAAUCUCAUGUCCCAGAAAUUUUUCACGCACGCUUCUCCCACACUCUUCAAUGCUGGUACCCCCCAACCUCAGAUGGCUUCUUGCUUCCUCAUCGAUAUGAAGGAAGACAGUAUUGAGGGCAUUUACGACACGUUGAAAACUUGUGCUUUGAUUUCGAAGACUGCUGGUGGUAUUGGUCUCAACAUUCACCGUAUUCGGGGCACUGGCUCUUACAUUGCAGGGACGAAUGGUUCCUCAAAUGGAAUUGUUCCCAUGCUCCGCGUUUUCAACAAUACCGCUAGAUAUGUCGAUCAGGGAGGUAACAAGCGACCAGGAGCCUUCGCCAUUUAUCUCGAGCCGUGGCACACCGAUAUCUUUGAGUUCUUGGACCUUCGUAAGAACCAUGGCAAGGAAGAGGUUCGCGCUCGCGAUCUCUUCCUUGCUCUCUGGACGCCCGAUCUGUUCAUGAAGCGUGUUGAGAAGAAUGGCGAGUGGACUCUCUUCUGCCCCAAUGAAGCACCAGGCUUGGCAGAUGUAUAUGGUGAAGAAUUUGAUGCUCUUUACGAAAAGUACGAAAAGGAAGGCAGAGGCAAGAAAACAAUCAAAGCGCAGAAGCUUUGGUAUGCUAUUCUUGAAGCUCAGACUGAGACCGGUAACCCGUUUAUGCUUUACAAAGACGCGUGCAACAAGAAGAGCAACCAAAAGAACCUAGGCACAAUCAGAAGCUCUAACCUGUGCACUGAGAUCAUUGAAUAUUGCUCGCCAGAUGAAGUAGCGGUUUGCAACUUGGCGUCUAUUGCUUUGCCGACUUUCGUGGAUCCUGUCAGGGGAGAGUAUGAUUUCGGCAAGCUCCACGAAGUAACUCAAGUUGUCGUUCGAAACCUUAAUAAAAUCAUCGAUGGGAACUACUAUCCAGUCGAGGAAGCGAAGCGAAGCAACUUCCGGCACCGUCCUAUUGCUUGCGGUGUACAGGGUCUUGCUGAUGCUUUCCUUGCUCUGCGACUUCCAUUCGAAUCCCCUGAAGCUAAACAGCUGAACAUUCAAAUUUUCGAAACAAUUUACCACGCAAGUUUGACUGCGUCCUGUGAGCUGGCCAAGAUCGACGGGCCAUAUUCCACCUAUGAAGGGUCCCCAGUCUCUCAGGGUAUCCUCCAGUAUGAUAUGUGGAAUGUCACUCCCACCGACCUCUGGGAUUGGGACUCGCUAAAACAGGAUAUUGCUAAGCAUGGAGUGCGCAACAGCUUGCUUGUUGCGCCCAUGCCUACUGCCAGCACCAGUCAGAUUCUUGGGUUCAACGAAUGCUUUGAACCCUACACCUCUAAUAUCUACUCGCGCCGUGUUCUAGCGGGUGAAUUCCAGAUUGUCAACCCUUGGCUCCUGAAGGACCUCGUGGACAUGGGGCUCUGGUCCGACAACAUGAAAAAUCGUAUCAUUGCGGAUGGAGGCUCGAUUCAGAACAUUCCCAACAUCCCGCAGGAUAUCAAAGCACUAUAUAAGACUGUCUGGGAAAUAUCCCAGCGAACUAUUGUCCAGAUGGCUGCUGAUCGAGGUGCAUUCAUCGACCAAUCCCAGUCGCUCAAUAUCCAUUUGAAGGAGCCCACUAUGGGUAAGAUUACCAGCAUGCAUUUCACUGGCUGGAAACUUGGCUUGAAGACCGGAAUGUACUAUCUCCGUACAAUGGCUGCUUCAGCUCCAAUUCAAUUCACCGUGGACCAAGAACAGCUCAAAGUUGCAGACACCAACGUUGCGCGUGUCAAUGGUGCGAUGAAGAAGCGUGGUGGCGUUUCGUCCAGUUAUACUAGUGCCUACUCCUCUGUUCCUCGACCCAUGUACGAUCAAAUACAGACCAAUGACCAGACGUCAUCCAUGUCUAAAGGAAACACCAUGGCUGCUGACCUGAGCUCGAAAACUAUUUCCCCGGAGCCCACUGUUUCCCAGCAGAGUGGUGAGUUGACGUCAUCGCAAAAUACCAAGGCCAAGGCCAACGGAUCUGGUGAUUCGACGAAUGGAGAGGUUGGCGGUGAUGAAGAGACCGAAGGGGAUAUAUAUUCGCAGGAAGUUAUUGCUUGCAGUAUUGAGAAUCCCGAGUCCUGCGUGAUGUGCAGUGGUUAAACGAGGUGCAUAUGCUCUACUAUUGUCAUGUCACGCACAAUAUCAGAAUCAAACGACCACACACGACCGAUCGAUGUAUGGACUACGUGCCUAUAAGACUACCUAUCGCAUCAACUACCACCCGGUAUAUUGAUCGAUUGACCAAUAUUCCUUUUCCUUUAUUCUAUUUUUAAUCAUGUCGUCAUCUGCCCUGGCCUAAUUCCCCUUUUAUUUUAUUUUAUAUUUUUUUAUUUCCUACGCCACAUCGUCACUGUAAUGAUAGUUAUUCAUGGAUAUGUAUGAGCUCUAAUGCUAUUAUUGUCUUUCUUCAUUGUCUGUCUGCGCUUCUGGUUUUGGUUUUGCUUGUGCUUUCUGCUAUGCAUUUAUCAGUUCGUAACCCUCACCCACCCCCCUUAACGUGGCAUCGUUAUCCCACAUCUUCUAUACGAAACCUACCCUUGUUUUGCCAUUUAUAUAACUAUUACAUUGCAGCUCUGUCCGGUUUUUAUCUCUUUCUAUCUUUUCUCGCCGUUUUGCUUUUCUCGCUUAUGUGUUCAAUGUGAAAAUAGAAACUAGUACCCCGCGAAUUUAUGUUUUUAACAAAUACGAUCUUCCCUCCGAGCUUCCUUCUUUGUGUUUUCUUGUCUUUUCUUUUCUUUUCUAUUUUUGUUUUAUUCACAUCGCCCUCGUACCUUUUCCCUUCCCUUCCCUCUCAGUUGGGAAAUGAAAGUGACAAGAAAUGAGCUAUGAAAAGCAUGCUCUACUUAUUAUUAUUAUAAGUCCGGACACGGACGUUUUAGUUGCCCAAGUAGGUUCUGACGUUUAAUAAUAUUCCUCUCAUACAUAGGCUGUAUGUAUUACACACAGCUUACCGUACGCACAGUAUAGAAUACAAUCCGGGCGGAUAUGCAUAGCAUAAUCUUUUACUAAUCCACCUCACCCUCCAGUUAGUUUGAUUUAUCUUAUUGAUAGAAACGAAGCAGCAAACUACCUAUGUAGUACUCCGCACAUAUAUGUACAGUACGUACCGUAGAUACGUACAUACCUAUGAAUAAACAAAAAACCGAUCCACAGGGCAGAAAUAUACUCUACCAAGCCCAUCAUCUAUUCAAACUUUCAUCCAAACUAGGAGACGAAAUAGGGAAGAAAAGGAGCAACCUAAGAAAAGGGGAAAAAAAAGAAAAAGAAUGCAAAAGACGAGAAAAAGAGGGGGAGCGACAGAAGAUAAAUGUUUUUGUUACAAAGUAUAGGGAACAAAGACAAAACGUAGGUGGAAAGCCGGUAUGUCUGUCUAUACAUCAUCGUCGUCGUCGUCGUCGUCGCUAUCUUCUUCCUCGAUAUCAUCGUCACCAUCGUAAUCGUCAUUGGUAUUGAUAUUAUCACCACCCUCGCUAGCAACCAUCGACGGCGUCUGAACAGAGGCUAGCUAUCAGCAUGGAGCUUUAUCGCAAUAAUGACGGGCAUCUAUCUAACCUGCACAAAAGGGGUAAAAGCAGGGGAGAGCGAAAAAAAAAAAAAAAGAAAAAAGAAAAAGAAAAAGAAAAAGAGUAACCCCUUAAAAAUGAUAUCCACAUACCUGUGUCAUUUUAUCCAUCAUGACUCUAGGCAGCCUGACAACGGAUGGAGGAGGCGCAUACCGCUCAGUACAUGGUAUCCCCAUUAACCGACAGUACUCUAUCAGAUCGCGGAUUUUCCUCUCAACAAAUACUUCCCGGUCUCGUAUAUAGUAGUCACGGUCUGCAGCGACCGCUGCCAACCACAUUACGCGCUCGUCCCUAGAGACCACCCUGCCCCAGCAAAAAUUGUCAAGAAUGCUCCAGUAUACGUCGUCCAGUAUGGCACCCAUGCGACACGCGAGCACGAACCAGGCUCCACGGUUCAGAAAGGAGUUCACCAUCUUCGACGACAGCGAGCCAGGCCCUUGCAUGCCGCUUUCGAUCUCGCGUAGUUUCAGUUGGUCUACGAAAAUAGCAAACUGGCGAGUGUACACCUCUCUGAAUCGGCUCAUGCCGAACCUCUGUAUAAUUGUAUCUGGCGGUAAAGCCGUCAGCCACCAUGGGCAGCUGUAUGCAAAUUGCGAGGGCGCCGCGUAGGUAAAACCCCAGUCUGUAAUCCCGGUGAUUUCAAAAUUUUCGUCCACAAGCACGUUGGAAAGACUGAAGUCGUCAGAAAAUAGUCUGAAGGGUGCCUCGUUGUCUACGUCCCUACUGAUAAAGGAGCUCGCCACGAGGGCCAUCGCGCCCCGGACAGUAAAUUUUUCCCUUGCGUCUGUUGAGUUUCUGACACUGUUCUUCUGGAGCACGACAUGGGACCACUGCAUUCCAAGGAGGGCCUUGAAAUACUCAUGGGAGCGCGAGUAUGUCUGCUGGGGGAGCGCAGUUUUCUUCAACCCGUACCUCCUCACCAGCUCAUUCAUAUAAAGAGUUAGGGGCGGGUACCGAACUUCAUAACCACCCAACGCGCCCGCGCGCGCGCCCACGCCCUCAUAUACACCGACCGCGCCAAUCUUCUCAAACUCCUUCGUCCAGAGCUGCAGCAGGAACCCGGCAAUCUGGCCAUAGACGCGUUUCAUGAUCCGCUCGCCCUCCGGCACAAGGACAAAGCCAUCGGGCGCAAGCAAAUUCCGCUCCCGAAGGACCUUCACGAGACUCCUCCCCUUGAUCCAAUUUGUAAUGAUAAACGGCCCAAGGCCCGUCGGAUUGUCUGCUGCCGUUCCUACCUUGUACACCCUAGGGAUAGGCACGGUGGUAUGAGUGUCAAGAUAGUUUAGCAUGGCGACUUCGUUCCGUAGCUUUUCCCUCAUGAACACUGAGUUCUCGGGGAUAGGGAUGCGGAUCGCCCAGUCACUCGCGUCGGAGGCCUGCCACCGUAGCCGCAGAAUUACAUUGUGACCGCUUCGGCAGCGGGAGAUGGCGGUACAUCUUCCAAAGCCGCGGACGGAUUCGACGAAUCGGCAUAGGUCCUCUGUCCGUUCGACGAGGAAUCUUUCGGUCCAACUGUCUCUGUGGGUUUUGGCUGCUGAUAGAGAAGGCCAAUGCGGCUCCAUUGGUUAUAAAAUGAGGGGUAGGUGUUUAUUUGUUUUCUUCGAAGAUCUUCCCGCUUCUUGGAGAGAAAAAAAAAAAAAAGAGUAAAACAAAAAAGAAAA